AUGGAUUAUUUCAAUGAAACUUGGUCACCGAACGAAGAAGCUGCUCUCAAAUGCAGGUCUUGGUACGAAUGGGAUGAUCGUUGGAUAAACGGGUGUAAUGCAUCAUCAGAUUCACUGAUAUGUUGGCCUCCUACACCAGCUGGUGUAAUCGUAUAUCAGCCAUGUUUUCAAGAGCUCAGAGGAAUAUUAUAUGAUACAUCUAAAAAUGCAAGUCGGAUAUGCUACGAGAACAAUACUUGGGGCCUAACCGAUUUUAACGAGUGCACGAUUCUUGGUGAACCAAAAGCAGUGACAUACGAUGAAGAAGGCACUGUUGAUACAAUUAUUUAUUUGUAUAUAGCAGGUCAUUGUUUAUCAUUAAUAAUGACAUCACUGGCCAUUUUUGUAUUCUGCCGAUUUAAAGAACUGAAAUGUUUGCGCAACAAAAUCCACUCGAAUUUGAUGGCAUCGUACUUAUUAGCAGGCAUCAUGUGGAUACUUAACUACACUAAUUUGACCGACACGGGGACAUUUAAAUGUGCUUUGUUGGUGUUACCACUUUACUAUUUCACCAUGACAAAUUAUUUUUGGGCGUUUAUCGAAGGGAUGUAUUUAUUUAUAUUGGUCGUAGAUACAUUUUUUACAGACAGAGUGCGAUUGCGAACAUAUAUGGCUAUCGGAUGGGGAAUACCGUUAAUCAUUAUUCCCACUUGGUGCGUCACAAGACUUUUGGUGCCGACGAAAAACGACUUAGAUUUGUACAACCAGAUCACAUACGAAAGAUACUGUCCCUUAAUGGCCUCAUACGUAGACGAUUGGAUAUACCAGUCACCGAUAGUUAUCGUUUUGCUGAUCAACUCUAUAUUCCUUGUAAAAAUUAUGCGGGUGCUGAUAACCAAAAUAAGGUCCACCAAAUCCGCAGAAACGCACAACUACAAAAAGGCCACCAAAGCUCUUUUAGUGUUGAUACCACUACUGGGCAUCACUUUUUGUUUGGAUAUGAUCAAUCCGAGUUCCACGGGACUACUGGUUAAUCUUUACAAAUUCAGCAAAGUUGUAAUUAUCAGUACGCAGGGGUUCACCGUCUCGUUACUGUAUUGUUUUUUUAACAAUGAAGUUCAAAACACAUUGAAAUACCACAUUACUAGAUGGCAGACGAAGCGGAAAUUCCUUGCUUCGAGAGAAAAAUAUGGCCGGUCCUGGUUGUCGGUAAAACAAAACAAUAUAAUAUGUGAUCAUCAGCUGGACCCAAAGGAACUUAUGCCAUGGAUACCAGGAAACAACGUUAGAUCCUCUUCUUGCGUCAGCAACGGAACGACUACCUCAGCGUUGUCAAACAUGAGACUGCCCCCGGAUACGACUAUAGAAAUACCACAGGAUCCAGAACAACAACCACUUGAGGAUUCAAAAUAUGUUGGAGCCGCACCGUAA